GUAAGAAAAUACAUAAGGAGGUCCAAAGAACAUUAAGAUCAAGAGCUAGGAACCCCCAAUGGAGGAGUCCAGUACUGCUGAGUUUCCUGGCUUCCAAACAUUUCAUAAGGAUGACUUCGUAUUUGGAAGAUCUUUAAGCCGUUUGCAAAGGCGAGCUCCCUCCCCUCUUCAGCUUAAACCUAAAGUCCCUUCGGCAUGCAAUGGUGCAGCAGCGAAAUCAUUUGUGGGCACUUCAAAUUCCUCUUCAUCAACAUCAUCAUCUUCAUUGAACUCGUUCUAUUACAGUAAUAAAGAUCCCAUACCUCUACUUUCGCCUCUGGUGUUGCCUUCUUUGCUUGAAUCUGCGUAUGUUCAAGAGGGAAAUACAACCAAAUCCCAUUGAAUAUAUAUUCAUGAGCAGGUCUAUGUAUUCUGUAAUCUAUGGCGGCAUAUGUUUGAUCUUAAAAAUGUCCUGUAAAAAUUUGGCCAAUGGUUAAUUUCUUGUAUAUUUUUAGCAGAG